AACAUAUAAAUCGCAAGUCGUAAAAUUGAAUGUCCCACACCUCCGCCUCCAUUUUCCACUGUUACUUCGACGUUCCCCAAGUGCUGCAGUUAGCUCGCUGACCCCACAACACCCUUCAUUGAACAAUAGCUUUGCUCUUCUUCUCCUCAAUUCAUUCAAUUACCUUUUUGAUAAAUUCAAUCGUACCAUCUCGGAUCCAGAUGGUGUCCGAAGAUGCGGUUGUAGAGAUUGAUCACUUGGAGAGAGGGCUUUUGGCGAAUGACGGUACUUAUGUAGACAACGGAGCUGAAGAUGAAACGGUUCUAUACACCGCAUCGUUCAAAGAGAUGGAGGAUAAUUACGUCAAGUUCCAAACGGCUCGGUGGAUUCUUUAUUCGUUGCUUCUGAUUUUGGCUUGGGGAAUUGGGCUGUUUAUGUUGCUUUACGUGCCAGUGCGGAGAUAUAUCUUGCGCAGAGACAUUCAGUCUAGAAAGCUAUACGUUACACAAAAUGCUAUCGUUUACAAAGUUAAGAAGCCAGUACCAUUCCCUUGUUUUGGAGUGCUGAAGAAGGAGAAGCAUGUUUUAUUGCCUUUAGUUGCUGACAUUGUGGUUGAACAAGGAUAUUUGCAGUCUCUCUUUGGUGUCUACUCUGUUAGAAUUGAGAAUGUUGGUGUAAGAAGACCACCAAGCGAUGAUGUCCAAAUCCAAGGCAUUGUGAAUCCACAUGCUUUUAGAAAGGUUGUUCUAACACACCUUGCUAAUGUGAAAAGCGAGGUCAUCUCUAGGCAAGCUUCUGCAAUUAAUGAUGUUAAUUGGAGGAUAGGCCAUUCAUCAAGUUCUUUGAUGUCCCCUUCAAAGUCCUUGAGGACUGAUUCUCUUCCUCACUCUGGGGAGUUAAUGAUAUUACAAAAAUUAGAGGAAGUUGGAAGUUCUGUUAAGAGGGUUCAGACUUUAAUAGAGGAGCAACACUCUAAAACAUCAGAACCUGUAGAUUGAGAAAUGGUACAUAUGUUCUUCGUGAUGCAGACAGCAGUUAUCAGAUUUAGACUUUUUAGCUGCUUUUGUGGUAACUGAUUUGAUCACUGUUAGAGCUGCCGCUGUGGGAGGAGUGAUUUUCUAGUGCUGCUGCUGUGGGAGGAAUGAUUUUCUAUCUGUACAGACGUUGCUUCGUGGAGCCUUCAUGAGUUUUCUUCCUACCUCCUGUGCCUUAAUAUUUCAUGGCUGCUGCUAGUCCUGCCAAAUGGUGAAGGUUCAUUAGUCACCUCCAUUUCCAUUAGUUUGUUUUUUUCAUACGAUUCACAGAUAAAAGUAAAUAUCCUUCCCAUAUCUCUUGUCUAGCUUGAUGAUCCCUUUUUUUGGUCUAUGGUAGAUGAUUGUAUAUGUACACACGGUUUUUGAAUUCUUUAUAUAUUCUAUGCAUUGAGCUUUCUGAUUUCUGCAUGAGUUAUGUUCACUGUUUUAUGAAAGCUGCAAUUUUAAUGACACAGUUGUUUUACCUUCUAGCAAUGGGGUGGGUGGAGUGAAGGGGGAGUGGGGUCAUUUAUCAUGAAGACUGCAGGGCAUCGAGACAAGAUCAUCAAAGAGUCAGAAAGUUAUGCACAAAAUAUGAAUGAUUUACUGGUCUACUUAUAUUUGUUGGGGAUAUGCCAUGAAAACAUAUAUCUAUAGGCAGCGCUUUGGAGCAUGGUUUUCGUGCCUUAGAUACAAAUUUGUGUAAAAUUUAAUAUAAUUCUAUAUUGAUUUUUGUACAAAUCUAUAUAAAUCUAAAUUCAAGGGCCAAAGUUUAUCUUUUUUGUAUAA